GGUUUGAUUCUUUGAUCUAUUAUUCAUGUUUCUAUGAGUUGAUUUUGUUCUGACAUUCAUUUUGACUUCUAAUAUCUUUUCAGGUUGCCUGUCACAAUGAAGGCUUUUUUAAUUAGUAAAAGCAGAUUUAUGUUGAAUCAUUCUAGCCUAAAAUUUCAAGGUGGUGGUUUUCAUUCUCUACAAUUUGCUAUUGGCAUAAAUUGUUCUAGUCCUCCAUUUAUGUCACAUAUCAAGUUCAACUCCAACUACUCAUCUAGCAAGAAGACGGUUGCAUUCUUCCCUAUCAAGCCUGGAAUGUUGCAUGUUGGAAACUAUUUUGGAGCUCUUCAAAAGUGUGUUCAACUGCAAGAUGAAGGCACUAAAGUGUUUCUUUGCAUUACUGAUAUCCAUGCUUUGGAAAACUUUGAAAAUGAAAUGAACUUGAAAAAGUCAAUUAUGUUGACUGUGGCUACUGUUUUAGCUGUUGGAAUAGACCCCAGUAAAAGUGUGAUAUUUCAACAGAGCAAAAUUCCAGCACAUUCUCAGCUGGACUGGAUUCUACAAUGCCUUGUGAAUGAAAAAGAACCAAGGAAAUUGCCUUGCCAUGCAUUGAAAUUAUCAAGAUGCAAAGACAUAACUUUAGGCCAAUAUGUUUCACCAGUGCUGUCAUGUGCAAAUGCCUUACUCUACCGGGCUAAUAUAAUGCCUAUUGGCAGUGAUACUCUCAACAUGGUACAAAUGAUUCAAAACAUAGGCCAAAAUUUCAAUGAAAAACAUGGUGAAUGCUUUACUCUACCUGAAGCUUGUGUUGAUGAAGGCUACUCCUCAUGUAUUCGGAGCCUAAGGCAACCAGUGGAGAAAAUGUCUAGGUCAAACAGUGAUGCUCUGAGCAGAAUUAACUUGCUUGAUGAUGCAGAGACUGUAACAGCUAAAUUAAAGAAAGCAGUAACUGACUGUACCUCAGCUGUUUACUUUGAUUAUAUCAAUCGUCCUGGUGUUUCUAAUUUAAUGGUUUUACACAAUUUGGUUAGUGGUAAAGGUUGGGAUACAAUUGAAAUGGAGAACAGAGCAUUGGAAUCUGCUCAAUAUAAAUUUAUUGUUGCUGAUUCUUUAAACUUGUUUUUAAGUCCUAUUCGAGACAGGGCAGAGACAUACCUUGCUGAUGAAAACAAUCUUUGCUCGGUUCUGAAGAGUGGGAUGUCAGAGGCUAACACUGUUGCUCAGGAGACUCUCAAUGAUGUCUAUGAAACAAUUGGCUUCUCUGACAGAAAAAACAAUAGUGUGACACCAAUUCCAAGUAAUUUUAAUCUAUCUUUCAAGGUGCUUCCUGGAAAUAGUCCACUAAAAUACAAGAAUUGUAAGCAUAUUUUUUCCGGUAUUCAGCCCACUGGUGUAUUACAUUUGGGCAAUUAUUUUGGAGCUGUGAAGCAGUGGGUUAGCUUACAAAAUGCUGGUCAUGAUGUAGUCUUGAGCAUUGUUGAUCAACAUGCAAUCACUGUGUCACAAAAAAGAUGUGAUCUCCUUCAUAAUACUCUUACUAUGGCAGCUUCUUUAAUUGCAUGUGGGAUUGAUCCAGAAAAAUCCAUAUUAUUCCAGCAAAGUCAUGUUCCUGAGCAUAGUGAGCUCAACGUGCUACUCAGGUCUGUUGCUCACACUGCUUUAUUGGCUCGCCAGGCUCACUACAAAGAUAAGUUGAAGACUUUGAAGCACGUGCCAUCUUUAGGCCUUUUUUCAUACCCAGUACUUCAAGCUGCUGAUAUUCUCUUGUAUGAAACAACACAUGUGCCAGUAGGGGAUGACCAGAAGCAACACAUUCAACUGGCCAGGCAGAUUGCAAGGCAGUUCAAUGCCAAGUAUGGGAAGGACAUCUUAAGACUACCCCAAGCCAUCAUCUUGGAUGAUUCUCUUGCCAGAGUUAAAAGCCUGUGUCAGCCUAACAAAAAAAUGUCAAAGUCAGAUGUGAAUCCUAAUAGCAGAAUUGAAAUCUUAGAUUCUCCUGAUCUUAUCAGGCACAAAGUAAAUUCUGCUUACACAGCAGAAUACUAUGGAAAUAUUGCAUGUACCCCUGAGGAUAGUCAGGCUGCAGUUGCCAACUUGAUGUCCAUCCACAGUGUUGUGUCUGGAAUUGAUUUAGAAUCACUGAACAAGAAGUAUGCAAAUGAGUCCAUUGAUGAAUAUAAAAACAUUGUUGGAAAUGCUGUGGCAGAGCACAUGGCUCCCAUUAAGGAAAAAGCGGAUUUACUAUUGAAAGAACCAGAAGGUUUGCUACAAAUCUUAGAAUGGGGAGCAAAGAAAGCUCAAAUUAGAGCUCAAAAUACUAUUGGAAAAAUUCAUCAGAAGUUAGGGUUUUCCCUUUGGUAAUUGGAAAGGUCAAGGUCCUAAUAUUUUAUUUUGAACUAAAUGAACUACACCCGUGUUCAAGAAGUUUGUUCCACUUUGGCAUUCAUUGUCACUUUGUUUUUUCUUUUUUACUAUUUACUUUUGCUUAUUUGUAUACACUUCCAUUAUUACACUAUACACUUCCAUUAUUUUCUUUGUAUGCAUUUUUUAGCACAUGAUCUAUUAAAUUGAAGCCCUCAUGUAAAUUUUAUUAAAGCGUGUCAAGUUCUUAUCUAUGUAAGCCAAAAUACUUGGUAAUUUAACAAGAAACAGAUGUGGACCUUAGAUAAUGUCAGGAAAAUUGAAUUUUUUAUCUGUGGACUAGUCACACUGAAUAUGCACCUAUAAUUAUAAACCUUUUCAAUGAAUAUAUAUCUGUUCAAAAUAAGUUGUUUACCUACAAAUGAGUGAUGCUGCAAAAUCAUGAGGUAGUAAAUACAAAAUUUUUGGA